CUGUACAAAUCAAUAUAAUUUAACUUGGGGAAGUGGUGGAUCCAAAAUCUAAGAGGAAUAGUGAAUAGCUACGGGCCUUGGCUUUUCUGCGGGCCAAUGCUACUAUUAAUGAAUACUACUAAUUAACAACUCUAAUACACCCUAUCAAACUGACCCUAAACAAGAUAUCUAUCUCUACGAACUCCUCUCCUCUUAUUCCACUGCAUCUUCCUCCAAUUUGAACAUAUACUCAAGUCAAAACUUCAAAAGCCCUUCAUCUUCCGUAAAUUACAAAUUCGCCCCAUAUCCCAACUAAAAUAUCUGCAAAUUCCCAAUAAUCGCAACAAACUCAUCCGCCGUAACUUGAAAACUCAACUAACAGACGCCAAUGGGUAUAACCACCGCCGACGCCGGCGGCGCCGCAGUUGACGGGGAUUCGGAAUCCGCCGCCCUCCUCCUGAACCCCAACAAGAACAAGAUCCCCAGGGACACAUUCCACCUAGCCUACAUCAUAUACUUUACGCUCGGCGCAGGUUAUCUCCUGCCGUGGAACACAUUCAUCACCGCCGUCGAUUACUUCAGCUUCCUCUACCCGGACGCAUCCGUGGAUCGCGUGUUCGCUGUGGUAUACAUGCUGGUGGGGCUGAUGUCGGUACUGAUCAUCAUCGCCUUCGCCCACAGAUCGAACACCGUCGUGAGGAUCAAUGCGGGGUACGCGCUGUUCCUGGUGGCGCUAGUGGUGGUGCCGCUGAUGGACGUGUGGUACGUGAAGGGGCGCGUCGGGGUGUAUGGCGCCUACUACGUGUCGGUGGGGGUGGUGGGGCUGUGCGGAGUGGCCGAUGGCCUUGUGCAGGGGGGUGUCGUCGGGAAUGCCGGGGAGCUUCCGGAGAGAUAUAUGCAGGCUGUGGUGGCUGGAACUGCUGCUUCUGGUGUCCUUGUGUCAGUAUUGAGAGUUUUAACAAAGGCUAUAUAUACUCAAGAUGCCAAUGGACUGAGAAAAAGCGCUAACCUUUACUUCAUCUUCAGCAUUGUUGUGAUGUUGUUAAACAUUAUAUUCUAUAAUGUAGCACAUAGGCUUCCAGUUAUAAGAUAUUACAAUGAUCUUAAAAAGGUUGCUGCAAAUGAGGAGAAGGAACAGAAAGGUGAACUUACUGGAAAGUUAUGGAGGUCAACGUUAUGGGAGAUUGUUGGGACCGUGAAAUGGUAUGGAUAUGGGAUCAUGAUCAUAUAUGUUGUGACAUUGAGUAUUUUCCCAGGUUCUGUUACAGAAGAUGUACAUUCCGACGUUCUGAAGGACUGGUAUCCAAUUAUUAUAAUUGCUGGUUACAACAUCUUUGAUCUGGUUGGUAAAACUCUAACUCCACUGUAUCUGAUGGAGAAUGCAAAAGCUGCUAUUGGCUCCAGUUUCGCGAGGCUGUUGUUUCUUCCUCUCUUCUAUGGUUGCUUGCAUGGUCCUGAUAUUUUCAGAACAGAGAUUCCAGUGGUGAUCCUGACCUGUCUUCUUGGUCUCACAAAUGGUUACUUUACCUGUGUGUUGUUUGUUUUGGCGCCCAAAACUGUCAAAUUGCAGCAUGCUGAGACAGCAGGGAUCGUGAUGGUGCUGUACUUGAUUGUUGGUCUGGCAAUUGGUUCCAUUGUAUCCUGGUUUUGGGUCUUGUGAGUGACCGGCUUAUCUGCAGUUGUCCGAAUGCCUCCAAGCCCUUCAUCAAUCAUCCUGGUUUCUACAGAAAAUCGGGUUUGUAUAUCAAUUCUGUGUUUUAUGUGUAAUUAAUCUGAUGCUUCCUUCUGUUCUCAUGUUCCUAGCCUUCCCACAGAAAGUGUGGUGCAGUAUCACUCAAAUUCCAAUUCAAAAAUCAGUUGAUGUGC